AACUACAGACCUUAGAUAUCAGACCUACCCCCCAGACGUCUCUCUGUAAUGGGUACCGCCAAGGCACUGCGGGCAGCCCAAGCGGCGGGUUCACCCCACCACAGAUACUCUGCAGCUUCAUCAUCGGUGGUCCUGUCUGCCGCCGGCACCUUCCUCUAUUGGCUCAGCUUGCUGUCAAUCAUGCGGUUGCCGACGGCAUCGGCGGACUGCUGGCUGAUCGAGGGGGAGAAGGGCUUUGUGUGGCUGGCCAUCUGCAGUAUGAACCAGCCCCCCUACGAGGCCAUUCCCCCGCACAUUAACAGCACCAUUGUGGAUCUGAGGCUGAACGAGAACAAGAUCCGGUCGGUCCACUACUCCUCUCUGAGCCGCUUUGGGAACCUAACCUACCUGAACCUGACCAAGAACGACAUCAGCUAUGUGGAGGACGGAGCAUUCUCGGCACAAUUCAACCUGCAGGUCCUCCAGAUGGGCUUUAACAAGUUGAGGAAUCUGACGGAGGGGAUGCUACGUGGCCUGGGGAAGCUGCAGUACCUCUACCUGCAGGCCAACCUCAUCGAGAGCGUCAGCCCAAACACCUUCUGGGAGUGUGUCAACAUAGAGAACAUAGACCUCUCCAUGAAUAGGCUCCAGGUGCUGGAUGGCAGUUUGUUCUCGGGGCUCAGCAAGCUGACAACGUGUGAACUGUACACAAACCCCUUCAACUGCUCCUGUGAGCUGCUGGGCUUCCUUCGCUGGCUCUCCAACUUCCCCAACCGGACCAACGAGAGGAUGGUGUGCGACUCCCCGGCGGGCUUCGCCGGCUACAACCUCCUCAGCCAGAACCCCCGCAUGCCUGCCUACCGAAACUCUCUGCACAUGCUCAGUAUCGUCUGCACGGACAUCGACAGCAGCGUUACCCCUGACUUUGUGAUCGACCAGUCCGACAGCAGUACCAUGUCCCCUGACAUCUUGACGCCGUGCGGAUUGGAGGACUGCUACUCGGGCACCCCUCCGGACGACACCAUCAGCCUGAGCCCCGUCCUGACCGAGUCCAACCCCGUCAUGAUACUCAAGCAGAUCUUGCCUUUAGGCGCCGUGAUCACAGUGCGAAUCCCCCACCCCUACCGGAAGAUGUACCUCCUGGUGCUGUACAACAACAGCUUCUUCACGGACAUCCGCACACUGAAGAGCCAGAGGGAGGACAUCGAACUGAAGAACCUGAAGCCCCACACGGACUACACGUACUGCGUGGCGUCCAUACGGAACUCGCUGCGCGUCAACCACACCUGCCUGACCAUCCCCAUCGGACGACGGAUCGACCCCACCAGCCGAGCCAACCAGUCGUCGGCCACCCACUACAUCAUGACCAUCCUGGGCUGCCUGUUCGGCAUGCUGCUCUUCCUGGGCCUGGUGGUGCACUGUCUGAGGAAGAAGAGGAUGAUGGAGGCCAAGGAGAGGAAGAUGAACAGGAUACAAAGGACCCUGAUCGAGCUCAAAUACGGCGGAGGUGGGGAUAUAGAAGGAGGGGGCGGAGGAGGGGGUCUUUCCCAGAAGCAGAUGCUGGCGGGUGAGAGUCUCUCCAGGAUGCCUUACAUGCCCAAGGGAGGGGAGAUAGAUCCGUACAAGCUGCAGGAGGUGACCGAGACGCCGGUGCACAAGCCCACCAAGCUCAAUUAUAUGGAGGUCAGGGGGUCUGGUGUGGAGCGGGAGAGGGAGAGGGAGCGGGAGAGGGAGAGAGAGCGGGAGAGAGAGCGAGAGAGAGACUCGCCGCAGGAAAACCCCCAGGGCUCCGUCGCCGAGAUCUCCACCAUCGCCAAAGAGGUGGACAAAGUGAACCAGAUCAUCAACAACUGCAUCGACGCCCUCAAGUCCGACUCCAGCCCCUACCAGCAGGCCAUGAAGUCCCCCUCCACGGCGGGGGGGGGCUCCGUCUCCAACGCCGAGCCCCAGCUGGUGCUGCUCUCAGAGCAGGGGGCGGAGAGGGGGGAGCGCGGCGGCGGCGGCGGCGGCGGCGGGGAGUUCCUCUCCCCGGUCUACAAAGGGGGGAGAGGCGGUAAGGGAGAGGAGAGAGGCCGGGGCUACCACCAGUCGCUGCAGCGCCACCACAGCAUGGAGGCCCCGGCCCCCUCCAAGCGGCCCAGCACCUCCUCCUCCCCGGGCUCCGCCCGCAGCCCGCGCUCCUUCCGCUCCGAGGGCGGCUACCACUCCUCCGAGACGCGCUACAUCGAGAGGACCUCGCCCGGGGAGCGCGGGGGGGACGGCGGCCGCACAGUGAUCCCGGCGGCGGCCAUCCUCCGGGCCGAGGCCCAGCGGAUCCGCCAGUACAACGAGCACCGCCACUCCUACCCCGGGUCCCAGCAGCACCUCCAGGAGCCGCAGCACCACCCGCAGGUCAUGCAGGAGCUGCACCACCACACGGGGGGGCGGAACCCCGCCGUCCUGGACCCCCUCAGCCUCAGCAGGCAGGCCAAGCAUCGGGAUCAGCUGGCCUACGCCCAGCUGUCCCCCCACUACCCGCUCUCGCCCCAGUACCACAACCUCAGCUACUGCUCCAGCCCCGAGGAAGACGAGGAGGAGGACGAGGGGCUCCUGUGCACCCCCACCCUGGGACUGUGGGAGCGCUUCAAGCUGCACCGCAAGAGGCACCGGCAGGCCUCCAUGGAGGAGGAGGGCUAUGUGGCGGCGGGACACGCGCUGAGGCGGAAGGUGCAGUUCGCCAAGGACGAGGACCUGCACGACAUACUGGACUACUGGAAGGGUGUGUCCGCGCAGCAGAAAGCCUGA